AUGAAUCUUGAAAUGCCUCAUACUGAAGAAGAGAAAUUUUUCAACUUUGCUUUGAAAAUCGUAGCAAGAGCGGGUGCACUUGUUCGAACAGCAUUUGAACAACCAUAUUCAGAAGUUCAUACAAAAUUAUCGAAUACUGAUUUGGUGACAGAGACAGACCAGGCAGUAGAAAAACUGUUAAUCGAUAAUCUCUCAAAGCAGUUUCCUGAUCACAAGUUAGUUAUGGUUACCUUCAUUAAAUUAACUGUUGUUUUUUCACAUAACCGAUGCAUUGAGCUGAGAAAAAUUUAUUUGCGAAUUAAUUUUCGAAUCUGCGCUGUUCUCGAAUUUUCGUUAUUCCAAACUUUAUGCAUUCUGAAAUUCUUGAUUAUCUCAUUGAUCACUCUUGAAUUUAGACAUCGUUCAUUCGGAUCUGCUGCUCUGAAUAUGGUUUAUGUUGCCCAAGGUAUAGUUGAUGCUUAUGUUGAGUAUGGUGUCCACGCAUGGGACAUGGCUGCUGCUGGAAUCAUAGUUAAAGAAGCUGGUGGAAUACUCCUGGAUCCUACAGGGACUGAAUUUGACGUUAUGGGUCGUCGAGUUCUAUGUGCCUCAACCCCAGAAUUAGCUAAAGCUAUAGCAUCAACUCUUGAUCAUGUUGAGUACGAAAAAGAAGGCUGA